GGAAAAUUUUAAGAUUUCAGCGGACUCCACCAAGUCCCAACCAAGGUCACGCAUCAUUAUUAGCGCGGGAGCUCAGCUCCGCUUUAGGAAGACUCGGGAAAUAUUGCGACGGUGGCGACAAAAGAACAAGUUGACAGCACUAUACGUAACUAUCUCACAAUCCGCUGAGAUACAGCAAUAAUGAUGAGCGAUUACCAGGUAAUUUGUGAGAAUCAGAAGCUAGGCAACACCGCCAACAUGGAGCGCUGGACCAUCGACCCAGCCUCGCAACACCCCAGCGCGAUGAGGGUAUUCGACCAGUUCAGCACUUUUCGAACCCAGUACAAACUCGUCGACGACCAGCCCAUCCACGCGUUUUUCAUCGUCCCGGAUCAGCUGCCCUCCGGGCCACGACCGCUACUUGUGCGGUUUCACGGUGGGGGCUGGGUCGAGGGGGAAGCAGAGGCGUCGAUCCGCGCCUUUUUCCUCGAACUGUCCCUGAAGCACGGCGCCGUCAUCCUGACUCCCAACUAUCGCCUGCGGCCUGAGCACCAACUGACGGACGGAAUGGACGACAUACACUCUUUCUGGCAGUGGGUCGAGGACGGAUCGGCCCAGCGCGCGCUCAGCACGUCGCGCCCGGACGUGGCCGUCGACGUGGGAAACCUGAUGGUGGCCGGGGAGAGCACGGGCGGCCACAUAGCGGUGCUGACGGCCCUGCUUCCGCUGACGUCGCUCGCCAUCAACGUGCUCUUCCUGCAGUACCCCACGCUGAACCUCACCGACGUAGCACGCGCCCACAACGACGUCAGCGAGGCGAUGCAGAAGUCGGGCCUGUGGGCCGAGCGCGUGCCCUACUCCGAAGUCGAGGACUGCCUACGAGCACACGCGCAGUCGGAGAAGCAGGGCACGCUGCGCACGAGGGCUGCCUUCGGGUCGCGGAUGAGGCUGCUGAUGGGCAUGCUGCAGGCGGGCAGGUUUUGGGACGAAGAGAGGGACGGGGACCGGCUGUGUCCCAUGCGGGCGCUGGAUCGCGCAGGGAAGCUGCCGCCGAUCUUGCUCUACCAUUCCAAGGGCGACGAGCUCCUCCCGUGGCAGCACACCGAAGACUGGGCGGCGAAGUUGAGGAGGCUGCAGCCGGAUGUGCCGCUCUUCUUGACCUUUCAGCAGGGGGACCACGUCUUUGAUAAGGAUGACACAAUGCGGACUCCGUGGUUGAGGGAGCCGCUGGAGUUCGUGCAGCAGUAUUGGCCAGCCUGAGUUGCAAACUGAUGCAUUAUGCGGCUAGUACCCCACAAUCAUAGCACGUUUACAAUACAUGCGUCCGAGGUGACCGCACUUAUUCGUCGCUCGGUGUUACGAGGUGCGAUGAGAGAUGCAG